CAUACAUUUACAACCUGUGGAAAUCCUAAUGAAAGUACGCAGGGUGAUUUAUGCCGAUCAAGACAAGUUUCCACAGGUGUUUGUGAUCUAGAACUUGAGCUUGGCUCCGAGCUAUUGCAGAUCUUAUUUAAAGGACAAGCUAUUUCAACUGUCAGACGGGAUGCAGUCCAGAGGGAGGGUUAUGGCGAAGAGUUAACCAUCUAAGGACAGAAUUGACAGAACUUGUCGCGUGGACAUUGAGGAAUUUGGAAUCUGCAAAUCCAGUUGGAACAAAGCACCGUGCUAAAAUGAAUCUGACUGGUGUUACAGUAGGUGGAAUUCACUUCCUAAACUUACUCCUCCUAACAACUGUACUGCACACCACCAAGGCCCUUCCUAAAACAGACACACCUGUGGUUUCCGACUAUCCCUUUCUAUUCAUGUGGAACGCCCCAACAGAACUCUGCGAGACCAGAUUUAGCAUGGGCCUCGACUUGUCCUACUUCCAGUUAGUGAGCAGUACUUUGAAGACUGCAACUAACCAAAGUAUCUCCAUAUUCUACACUGACCGUUUUGGUAUCUUCCCCCACAUGGACGAAGACACCGGAGAAAUGUAUGACGAAGGACUUCCCCAACUCAUCGAUUUCAAGGAACACCGCAAGCUAGCUGAAGAUGACAUUGAAUAUUACAUCCCUAAAGACCAACCAGGCCUUGCCAUUCUGGACUUUGAGGAUUGGCGGCCUCAAUGGAUUCGCAACUGGGGGAGCAAGGACAUCUAUCGGCAAAUGUCAAUCGAGGUUGUAAAAAAAAAGAAUCCAAUGGUGUCUGAUGAUGAAGCGGAAGACAGAGCCAAGAUGGUGUUUGAGAAAGCAGCGAAGAUAUACUUCAUCCAAUCUCUCCGUCUCGGGAUCAGACUCAGGCCUAACAGGCUUUGGGGGUACUUUCUGUACCCGGACUGCUACAACUACGACUACAAACAAGAUAUGGAACAUUAUUCCGGAAGGUGUCCCGAUAUUGAGAAGCAAAGGAACGACAAACUGAUGUGGCUUUGGAAAGAGUCCACCGCUCUCUUUCCAUCCAUCUAUCUAGAGCUGAUACUCAGAGAUUCCUAUCAAGCACGUCUGUACGUUCGCCACCGCAUCCAGGAAGCAAUGAGGGUGUCCAUGCUGCCCAACCAAAACUACUCCAUCCCAGUCUACGCCUACAUCCGUCCAGUCUACAAGGACAGUAUCCAUGACUACAUGUCUGAGUACGACCUGGUGAAAACGGUUGGGGAGGCGGCUGCCCUCGGAGCUGCUGGCGUCGUCUCCUGGGGAGACAUGAACGUCACAGAGUCAGAGGUCUCCUGCCUAAACGCCAGGCGACACCUGGAUACAAUCAUGAACCCCUACAUCCUCAACAUCUCCAUGGCAACCCGACUGUGCAGUGAGGCUUUAUGCCAGGCCAAGGGCCGUUGUGUGAGGAAGAUUUGGGACAGAGAUGAUUACCUCCAUCUUGACCCGCAGCGCUACCAGAUCAAGAGGUACAAGAACGGUGAACUGGCUGUGAAGGGUGAAAUGUCCCAAGAGGACGUUGACUGGUUUGCUGAGAAAUUUGACUGUAUGUGCUACUCUGAGGAACCUUGCCAGUUCCCAGUUACCUUGAAUACAAUCCCGAAGUUUAAGAACACACAGCCGAACCACAGUGUCAACUCCCACCUCUCAAAUGUUCUCUUACUAGCCAUGAUUGGGUUAUCCAUGUGUUUUGCAGCAAUGUAAAAAUAUAUUUCCGACAAACACAAUUUACAUUUGAUUUGCAGCGCACUGUGCUAUAUUGUCAAUUGAUGUUUGGGAAGCUUGGGAUUUUUAGUUUUGUUGUAAGCUCAUAUUACCAAAAUGCGGUACACAGGGAUGUCAUACUGGGAGACAACAAAUAUUUAUUCUCAAGUUGAAUAAUAUAAAAAACUGUCAAAAUCCUCAGAAUAGAUUGAUCUGGCUUGUAUGGGUAUUACAAAUCUACAACACAAAAGGUACUGCUGGCGUUUACAUGUCACAUAAUUGACAGUGUGGUAAUAUUCAGUCUGUCUGAGAUAACAGCCUCUCAACUUGGCGAACAAAUAAACGGGUAUAUAAGUGUACCCAUAGGUAGAGUGAGAUCUGAUUCUGACAAAAAAUUUGACUACUUUAAAAAGGUAGAAUUGUGAUGCAGUACACACAUUUCACCUGUAGAUGGGGCCAGCACUCCAUCGCCCUGAACCAUUUUACUCGAUGGAGAAUCACAUGUGCCACACUUGAGUUGCAGUGCAGUGCAUAUAUAAACCUUUAAUAUGGCACACUUUAAAUAAGUUAUAUUUGUGCUCUUAGUGAUAUUUCAAUGCACAACUGCAACAGCAAACAUGUAUUUUGGGUCAUAGUUACUGUAGUCACCUAAUGACAUAUUCAGAAAGAUUUUCACUAUGGUGUAUAGAGUUAAUCAGUGUUGUCAGAGGGAUGUAACUUUAGAGUGAACCAAUAUCAAACCCACAAAUAUCUUUAUUUCUCAGAAUCUUUGAUGUUCUGGUAAUUUCUCUGAAAAUAC